UCUUGUCAGCCUUCGUAUCUAUGCGCAGGUAAGUGAUGCCUGAGCUCUACACAAGUGCUGGACAUCAGCGAUAUCACUUUAAUAUCCUUUACGAAACACUCCUUUUACAUGGACUUAUGCGACUCUUCUGGAUUUAAAGGCUAUCCGAGGGGCCGUCUAAAGUCCGGUUUCUUCUCAGGGCGUCCGGUAUGCUUAGCCGUAAGCCUGACAGCGAAAACGCCAGGAAAGCAAGCCACAUCUCUUUUACCCACCGUGGCUGCGAAUUGGGUCUCGUUUUCGCCUCCGCUAACGUAUUGUCAUCAGACGCAAGAGCCAUGUCAUGUUGUUGUGUGCCUGGGACUCUUUCUCAGCAGCUGUGGCUGGGCUGUGCUCUACCCGCCGAUUGUACCGCUGGCUGGACGACCUCUUGUACUAGAUGCUCUUCCCCACGCUCUUCCGACCACCAUUCUUGUCUACCCUCUCAGUCCCGGCUUCUGGCUCCAUGGCCGUCGUUGUGUUUGUGAACCUGUCGAUAGAUUUACUGUAACUGUGUCGCUGCACCACCUCGAGGCCAGCCUCGUACCCUGGACCCCAGGCACGAACCCGUAGCCGCCGGAGGAUCAACUAGCGCAUCACCUCUUCGUCCACCAGGCCGGAUUGCUGCCUCUGCUCAAACUUUGCCUCGAGAGUCGCCAGUCAGACAUCACACAUACUCCAACAGCUAC